AUGCCCCGUGCCUUCCUGGUCAGGAGUCAGCGUCCACAGCCACCCAACUGGGGCCACCUGCCUGACCAGCUCCGGGGACAUGCCUAUGUCCCAGGUGGGCCCCUCACUGGGCCUAGAGGUGAGGGGCAGGAGACACAAAGCAUCACCAUCUGGCUUCUCUCCUCAGACUGCAGCAGCCUGGGGGGGCCACUGGCACACCAGUCUUCUGGCCUCCGGGACUCUUGGGCAGCGCCCUCCCAGGGCACACUGACUGCCACUCCUAGGGGCCCUGGGAUGCUUGGCUGCCCCCUCUGCCCCAGCUUCCCGUUGCAGCGCAUGCUGACCCGGCACCUCAAGUGCCACAGCCCUGCCCACCACCACGUGUGCCACUGCUGUGGCAAGGGCUUUCACGACGCCUUUGACCUCAAGCGGCACAUGAGGACUCACACGGGGAUCUGGCCAUUCCUCUGCGGAGCUUGCGGGAAAGCAUUCACGCAGCGCUGCUCACUUGAAGUGCAUCCUGCCAAGGCACAUGGAUAGCUGGCCAGCUACGCUUAUCGUGAGCGCUGUGAGAAGUUACAUGUGUGUGAGGACUGCGGCUUCACCAGCUCGAGGCCUGACACCUACGCGCAGCACCGCACCCUGCACCACGCUGCUUGA